AUUCUGUUUCAGAUUUUCUUUCAUCACUGUUCACUUUUGUAGCAGGUUAUUCACAUUUUGCUUCCUCCACAUCCACAACCUAAAAAGAAAAGAAAAGGUUUUUUUUUUGUGUGGCUUGGGAUUGGAAGUUAAGGGUGUUGCUUACAAUCUGUUAAUGGAUUGGUGAAGACUAGGGAAACUAUGAUGGUGAUGAUGAAACUUGGAAAGUGGGUUUCCUUUGUUUUUGUUGCUUUUAUGUUUUUGGUGAAUGGGUCGUUUGCCGCAUAUACUCCUUCUGAUAAUUAUCUAAUAGCUUGUGGUUCCUCCCAAAACAUCACCUUCCAAGAUCGAACUUUUGUUCCUGAUUCACAGCAUUCUUCACUUGUGUUGAAAACCGGGAAUUCUAUUGUUGCUAGUUCCAAUUCUAGUGUCCCAUUCCCAAUCUACCAAUCAGCUAGGAUUUUCACUGAGAAAGCUUCUUAUAGAUUUGAAAUUGAGCAAGGUCGGCACUGGGUUAGGCUAUAUUUUUCUCCUCUUUCCAACUCUGGCCAUAAUUUGAGUUCUGCUGUUUUAACAGUGGUUACUGAUGAUUUUGUUCUCUUGAGAAACUUCACAUUUAAGAACUACAAUGGUUCUUAUAUGUUCCGGGAGUAUGCCAUCAAUGUUACCUCUGAAACCUUGACUGUUACCUUCAUUCCUUCAAAUGGUUCAGUUGCCUUUGUUAAUGCAAUUGAAGUUGUGUCAAUGCCAGAUGACUUGUUUGUUGAUCAGGCAUAUGCUCUUAACCCAUCAGCCCCAUUCAGUGGCCUUUCUGAACUUGCUUUUGAAACUGUUUACCGUUUAAACAUAGGAGGUCCCUUGCUCACUGCCCAAAAUGAUACCCUUGGAAGGAAUUGGGAGAAUGAUCUGAAAUACCUCCAUGUGAACAGCUCAGUUAUUGAUGUGUCAGUCAACCCUUCCAGCAUUAAGUAUCGGGCAGGUGUUACGCCGCAGACUGCCCCGAAUUGGGUCUAUUCCACGGCUGAAGCAAUGGGGGAUGCAAAUGUUGCCAAUUCAAAUUUCAACAUUACUUGGGUCUUUACUGUGGAUCCAAACUUCUCCUAUUUUAUUCGGGUGCACUUUUGUGAUAUUAUUAGCAUGUCACUCAACACUUUAGUGUUCAAUUUAUUCAUAAAUUCUGACAUUGCUCUUGGAAGCCUUGACCUCUCAUCCAUAACUGGGGAUUUGGCUGUGCCUUACUAUAAGGACUUUGUUUCCAAUGCUUCAGCAGACACUUUGACAAUAAGUGUUGGUCCUGAUACAAUGGCAGACAUCACAAAUGCCUCCAUGAAUGGACUGGAGAUAAUGAAAAUCAGCAAUGCAUUGAAGAGCUUGGAUGGACUUUCUUCAGUUGAGACUCUCCUUCCUAGUUCUUCAUCAAACAAGAACAUGGUAGGAAUAAUAGUUGGUUCUGUUGUUGGGGCUGUGGUUGCCAUAGCUUUGGUUGGUUUGUGUUAUUGCUGCUUGUUGAGAUGCAAGUCAAAGUCUACUCAACAAGGCCAUACAUGGCUUCCUUUACCUUUAUACGGAAACUCCCAGACCAUGACAAAAAUGUCAACAACUUCGCAGAAGAGUGGAACUGCAAGCUGCAUUUCUUUAGCUUCAUCAAACCAUGGACGGUUCUUAACUUUCCAAGAAAUCCUAGAUGCAACCAACAAAUUUGAUGAGAAGCUGCUUCUUGGCGUUGGUGGUUUUGGCAGGGUUUAUAAAGGAACACUUGAAGAUGGAACCAAUGUAGCUGUUAAAAGGGGGAACCCUAGAUCUGAACAAGGUCUUGCUGAAUUCCGAACAGAAAUUGAAAUGUUAUCCAAGCUUCGCCAUCGUCAUCUUGUGUCUCUCAUUGGUUAUUGUGAUGAGAGGUCGGAAAUGAUUCUUGUGUAUGAAUACAUGGCUAAUGGACCCCUCAGGAGUCAUUUGUAUGGAACAGACCUACCACCUCUAUCGUGGAAGCAGAGGCUUGAAAUUUGCAUUGGAGCAGCAAGAGGUCUUCAUUAUCUCCACACUGGUGCAUCUCAAAGCAUAAUUCACCGAGAUGUAAAGACAACAAACAUCCUCUUAGAUGAUAACUUUGUUGCUAAAGUUGCUGACUUUGGCCUUUCCAAAACUGGUCCUGCUCUUGAUCAGACACAUGUGAGCACUGCUGUUAAAGGUAGUUUUGGUUAUCUUGAUCCUGAAUACUUCAGAAGGCAACAACUUACGGAGAAAUCGGAUGUUUAUUCAUUUGGAGUAGUUUUAAUGGAAGUGUUGUGCACAAGACCAGCCUUGAACCCUGUCCUUCCUAGGGAGCAGGUUAAUAUAGCUGAGUGGGCAAUGAGCUGGCAGAAAAAAGGGAUGCUUGAUCAAAUCAUGGAUCAAAAUCUGGUAGGGAUUGUCAAUCCUGCUUCUCUUAAGAAGUUUGGAGAGACAGCUGAGAAAUGCUUGGCUGAGUAUGGAGUGGAUAGGCCAUCUAUGGGAGAUGUUUUGUGGAAUCUUGAAUAUGCUUUGCAGCUCCAAGAGACCUCAUCAGCACUUAUGGAACCUGAAGAUAACAGCACAAACCACAUUACUGGGAUUCAGUUAACUCGUCUCGAGCCGUUUGAUAACAGUGUGAGUAUGAUUGAUGGGGUAAACUCUGCCACGGAUGAUGAUGCAGAAGAUGCUGCUACAAGUGCAGUGUUCUCCCAAUUGGUAAAUCCUCGUGGAAGAUGAG